AUGAAUUCUGACGCUCUGCGACCGACACCAAACACCGGGCGUAAAGCGUUGGGUAAGCUCGCUACUAGGUUGGAGGAAGUAAAGAACCCUUGGCGACAGGUUUCUGCACUAGAACUGAGCCAUAGCGAAACAGCUAGGCUUGCAACAGAUGCGUUGUUAGAGUCUGGAGAAAAAGAGUAUCGACGUGUGCUGAGCGAGGAAAAGGAACUAAACUUUCUCUCAUCGCUUGAAAUUCGCUAUAUCGUGGAAAGUGUAGCAAAAACCGCUAGUCCAGAAAAUGGUCCUAACGGAUUUGACAGAGACUGUGGAGAAGGAGACACGGUUUCGGAACUAACUUCAGGAACAUACUUUCCAAUGAUGUCCGACGAGGAGCCUCCUGUUUUAGAACUGGGGUGGCCUGAGGUUCAUAACCGUCAGGGUCCCUCAGAGACGCAAAUUUACUUCCAAAGAGAUAAGUCACAAAACAUCAAAGACUUGAUCCGAUCACUUAUCAAUAAAGCUAAAAAGGUUAUCGCCUUGGUCAUGGACAUUUUCACAGAUGUGGACUUGUUUUGUGAUUUACUGGAGGCAUCCAAAAAGCGGAAGGUUCCAGUGUAUAUUCUACUUGAUGAGAAGAAUCUUGGAUGUUUCAUUGACAUGUGCACAGAACUAGAUAUCCAGAACUUGCACUUAAACAAUAUGCGGAUACGAAGUAUAUGUGGAGACACAUACUGCACAAAAAGUGGGAAGAAAUUUACGGGACAGGUUCAGGAAAAAUUUAUGAUCAUCGAUUGUGAGGAAGUCAUAGCUGGAUCAUACAGUUUCACAUGGCUCUCCAGUCAGGUGCACAGCAACAUGAUUUUGCACUUUUCUGGCCACAUCACGGAGAGCUUUGACCGGGAAUUUCGCUGUCUCUAUGCUGACUCCCAAAUCAUAGAGCGCUUUCACAACACAGAUGAGGAGGGCCUUCCCCAUUACUUUUACAAUAUGGUGGUGCCCAACAUGUAUGUUUUCCAAGACAGAGUAAAUAGAGAGAAAGUGAGUUCCGAAAACUCCAGCAGCCAGUCCAGCAACAGUGUGUCUAGUGUCAAAGCAGCUCCAGGCUUUGCUCCUCCAGUCUACAAAGUCACCCAGGAGAAGAAGGAUUCCGGCAAUCCGAUCAAGGGUCAGGAGAGGAGAGACAGAGGAUCGCCCAAUGGUACCCUGCUGGCCCCAACAGUGGAUGGCCCAGGGUCAGGAGCUGGUCCUGGCAUGGAAUGGGCCAAAGCAGGAACACCAGAAUUCCUUCGGGCAAACCUUGCUGGACCUAAAUCCAAAUUCGAAGUUUCAGAUUCCUAUGAUUACAAGAACCUCUAUCAGAACUCUCCCAAAUCAUCCCCACAUCCCCAGCUGCCCAUGCAGAACAAAGUUUUUCCUAAGGUGCGUAGUCCGACAAACCCUUUCUUCAAUAAAUUUACAGACCUCUUUACCUCGUCUUCCAAAGAGAAGGACUCGUCUAAUUUCCAGAGGUCACCUGCUCAGAGUACAACCUUUGGCGGUCCGGAUCUCUCACAGAAUGAGCCAGAGAGCAUACAGGGACCUCCUCCACCGGGACCUAUGCCAAAGGAGCGGGCAGGACCAGACACAGGGAUUCUACGCCGGGAUGUGAAGCGCAUGACCCUGGGCCACAGCAAACUGGACCUUGUUAACCACUAUAACAAGAUGAACCCAAAGCAAGUUUACAGCCGUUUUGAACUGAAGAAUAACAAUUUACCCCACUAAUGCAAAAAGUGUUACUGAGGGGUUGUUUUGCUUCUGGAAAAAGACAGAAAUUUGAAUAUUGUUUUUGUUUUCUUUUUUUGACACCGUUUCCCAACCAACAAUAGAAAUAGUGACCUAUAGACAGUUGUGACAGUUUUUCAUGGGAUAACUAUUCAUAAAAAGAACAAAGUAUACUUUAGUGCUGUACAUAACAGGCUGGUACAGUAUAGCAUUGCUUUCUUGGUGCAUUUUUUUUUGUUUGUUUUUGUUUCUUGGUGUUGUUUCUAUUUUUCUUGUACAAAAUAGAUGAUCUUAAUCUCCUAUGUGGAGCUAUUGUGUCCAUCACUGAGUAUUACAUAUAGCUUUAUUUGAGAUAUUGUAUUCCCAGGUUUGUGGUCUUCUGAAUGUUCAUGUGUAUUUAUACCAGACAUACUGUGAUCUCCAUAUCUGUAUUGGAUACAUGUUUGUGUGUGUGUAUCGUCUUAGGCUUAUACAAUUUUUCCAAAUUGACAAUGUAGUGCAAGUUCUCUUCUGUCUUUACACAAAUAUAUAGCAAAUAUAUUUUUGAGUCAUUUUAACAGAUUUUGCUAUUUAUACAUAACUGGCACAGCAUAUCUGAUGCCAUCUUGAAUUGAAAAAGAUGGUCCUAAUAGCCAUUCAUGACUUAUUAUACAAACGCAUUCAGUUUAGUGACGGAUACAAGACUAAAAAUGCCAAACAUCGGUUUGACCUUUUAGCUAGUGGCAUGCCUAUGAUAAAAAAAAAUGUAAAUGAAUCAGCCAGGAAUUGUCAGUUUGCUCUGUGACAUUUGAUUUGGUACUUACCACACCUACCAAAAAUAUUUUAAAUGUGUGAGAGUAGCAUCUAUGUAAAACCUUCUGAAACCUCUGUGCUGACUGUUAAUUUUCUCUCCAUCACUUCUGAUCAUUAUUGGCCUUUAUUAGCUAACAAAUAGACAAUAUUGUAAAGCUGACAAAUUCAUUUAUUUUUUCCAUUGCCCAAAUUACAGGAUUCCUGUGAUUACAAGAACCACUAUCACAUCACUUUUAGUAGUUAUGUUACUGUAUCAUAUUAAGUGUAAAUGUCAAAACGGAGAACUAUCUGAAUUCUCAUAAUGCAGGUUUAGUGACACAGACCUAGUAUCUGAUCCAUAUACAGUAUUUGCCCAUAACAUAAGCACUUAGAAUCGUAUAAACUAUACUUACAAUCCUCUACAGAAUAAUUCAACAUACAGGUCAACAUGCUGGUCCAGGAACACCUAACACACACAUACAUCUGUCAGAAAACACACUGAA